UGACACCAUAUGUGCCCGCUGCUUCAACUGUUACCACACACGCAUAACACCAUUCUACUUUGGCCACUGCUGCAUGUUCGACGAAAUGCCCACGCGAGUACGCCACUAAGAUUCGCCCCGCAUCUACGUCGAUUCCCCGGUUCCCCCUCGCUUCCCGUCGAGGAAUCCGGCGAGAUCGAGGCGCCCCGCGCUAAUCCGGCGAUCCUCGCCGUCCCGCCCCGGCUGGAUCUCCGUGCUGGGUGGGGGGCGGCCGCGGCCUUGAUGGUACUUCGGAUCCGGAGGACGAGGAGGCGGCGGCGAUGAGCAGGCUGGCGUCGGCGUCGGGGCUCCACCGGCUGCGGCGGUCGCCAUGGGAGGUGCUGUGGUCGGGGCUGGCCUCCUGCGGCCUCACGCUCCUCUCGCAGCUCGCCGUGGCCAUGGUGCCCCGCCUCUUCCCUUCCCUCUCCCUCCUCGCCAUGCUCCCCGUCGCAGGCGUGGUGUUCCUGGCCGUCAUCGUGGUGGGCAGGUUCUGGAGGAGGUUCAUCGGAGUGGCGGCAUCGGCGCCGCUGUUCGUACUGUUCAACAUCCUCUUCUUGUGGGGCGUCUACGUGUUUGUCAUCCGGGGAGGCACUUCUUCCCUGUUAGAUAUGGUAAUUAAUGCUGAAUGUGCAAUGCUUUUGUUUGGACUUUACAGGAUAUUUUCUGGUGAUCCUGGCAUUGUGAUCUAUGAAUCUUCAUUUUUCGAAGAAGCUGGCUGUAAGGAUUUUGUGGAAGCUAUAUGCCCGAGUGAGAAAUUUUCAUCACUUCCAAGGGUAAGGCACUGUAACUGCUGCAAAGCAAAUGUUAGAGGUUAUGAUCACCAUUGUCCUGCAUUUGGUAACUGCAUAGGACAGAAAAAUCAUCGGCUGUUUAUGGCCCUUUUGACAGGCUUUGUUGUCGCUGAAUCGACAUAUACAAUGUGUUCAACUAAAUAUAUCACUAGAUGCAUAAAUUCUGGAACUAUAAGAUCGGAGAAUCCUAUGUCUGUUAACAUGGUAAUCGGCACAAUGCUCUUCUCUGUUCUCCAAGUGCUCUGGCAGGCUGUGUUCUUGAUAUGGCACAUAUAUUGCAUCUGCUUCAACAUCAAGACAGAUGAGUGGAUAAACUGGAAGAAAUACCCUGAAUUCCAGAUGAAGGAACAGCCUCAAUCAGAUUCUGGAGUAAAGUUUGUGAAUCCAUAUGACAAAGGCGUGCUCUGUAACAUUAUAGAAUUUCUGAAGCCGAAAUAACACGAGCUGAUCCUAAGUACAGACGUUAAAAACAUGGGAAAUCAUUGCAUCAAGUGAUCUGGAAUUCUGAAAGAUUGUUUUGCUUCUUACAGCCAAAUUGAUGGGAAUUUGUUGUGAGCAUCAUUUGGCCACUAGUAGCUAGUUAGAUCAACACGCAAUUGACACUCUCUGAAAACUUCCUUGUUGAGCGGGAACUGUAUUGCAAUGGAUGCUGCAUCGGACGUGAUUUGGGCGUUCCACCCAAGUACAUACAUCUUGUAACUCUAGAAAAUGAUUCAUUGUGUGGAUUGAAGGAAUACACAUCGUAUUCCUGCAAGCAAUAUUUUGAUGCUUUGAGGUGCCAGUAUAUUUUCUGACCA